AUGUUCUUGUCUGAUUCUCUCUCUCUUUUUCUCUCUACUCUUCCUUCUUUCUUCCAUUUUUUCACUGAAACGUCACCGCGUCUCUUGUAUGAACCGUCAUAUCUAGAUGCCCGAGACUUAGCCGGCCAGGGAGCAGCCCGGCCUUCGUCACCGUGGCAAAUCAUUCGAUCACCACUCUUCGAGGCUCCACUCACUUCACUCUCUGCUACUGCUUGCCCUCUGAGACACCAGCUCACUCCUGCAGCUACCAGCAGUAUCUUGCUCACUCUUGCAGCUUCCAGCAGUCUCCAGCUCACUCCUGCACUGCCAGCUCACUCUUGCAGCCUCCAGCUCAUUCCAGCAGUCUCCAGCUCACACCUGCAGCUUCCUGCAGUUUCCAGCUUACCUCUGCAGCUUCCAGCAAUCUCCGGCUCACUCCUGCAGCGCUUCACUGACGUCCAGCGACCAGUUCCAACUUCCGGAUACCGUUCCCGAACAAACAACGGACCAUCUGCGUUUGUCAUCCUUCUUUGCUAUUGCCAACUCCUUGCCUUUGCGCCCCCCUUUUUAGUUGUACGGUCGAUUGGCACUCACCCCUCUCGACCCGCUGCAACAAGUGGUGACCCCGACGUAAUCUGA